CAGCCAGAGAGAGAGAGAGAGAGAAGGGAUUCCUGGCCGGGUUCCAGGUCGGCGCACUAAUACAAGCUGCGAGGCUCCCGCCUGACUGACGCCGGCGGAGGCUGCCUGCUCGCUCGCUCGCUGCUGCUGCUGCUGCUGCUUUCGCGCUGGCCCCUGCCGCCGUCGGGUUACUGCCGCCGCGUCCCUUUGCAUGAAUUGUCCGAUAUUGGAAGACACUUGCAAUGAAAUAUCUCUGACAACACCUGGGAUAUGUGUGGACAAGCCUGAUUUUGAAAGCAGCUUUCCUCCCAGUGCCGAAAUUUGGGCCUCAUUUUUUUGAAAAAAAGGAAGAGCUACAUAUCUGGGGUCUCGCUUUGCAAUCAUACGUAUUAUCUCCGAUUCAUAUGCACUCCAGCACCUCGAUCAGUUCUUUGUUCUCCUUCACCAGCCCGGCUGUGAAGAGACUGCUGGGCUGGAAGCAAGGAGAUGAAGAGGAGAAGUGGGCGGAAAAGGCUGUUGACUCCUUGGUGAAGAAGCUAAAGAAGAAGAAGGGAGCCAUGGAGGAACUGGAGAGGGCACUCAGCUGCCCCGGGCAGCCCAGCAAGUGUGUGACAAUCCCGCGGUCUUUGGAUGGGCGGCUGCAAGUGUCUCAUCGCAAAGGGCUGCCCCAUGUCAUCUACUGCAGAGUGUGGCGCUGGCCUGACCUGCAGUCUCACCAUGAACUGAAAGCGCUGGAAUGUUGCGAGUUCCCGUUUGGCUCAAAGCAGAAAGAAGUGUGCAUUAAUCCUUACCAUUAUCGACGUGUGGAGACCCCAGUGUUGCCUCCAGUUCUGGUUCCAAGACAUAGUGAGUUCAACCCUCACCUCAGCCUCCUUGCCAAAUUCCGGAAUGCGUCUCUUCACAGUGAGCCACUGAUGCCUCAUAACGCGACCUACCCUGAUUCUUUCCAGCAUCCUCCAUGCCCCCCUCUCCCGGCAUCCCCCCACAUGUUCUCUCAGUCCCCUAGCAGCAUGAGCUACCCUGACUCCCCCGGAAGUUCCUCUACACCAGGAAGUCCUUAUCAACUUACAGUCGAAACGCCACCUCCGCCUUACAACAUGAGAGAAACGCCAGGAAACCACCAUGGACGCUCUAUACAUGCAACCGCAGAGAAUCAGUUAGUCCUGUCAUUGCCCAAUGGAGGUAAAUCUGCCGAUGGAGAACCUGAAAACUUCCGGCCCGUUUGCUAUGAGGAGCCACAGCACUGGUGUUCGGUAGCGUACUAUGAACUCAACAACCGAGUCGGAGAGACUUUCCAGGCCUCUUCGCGAAGCAUACUGAUAGAUGGCUUUACAGAUCCGUCAAACAAUAAGAACAGGUUCUGCCUUGGGCUGCUGUCUAACGUGAACAGGAAUUCCACUAUAGAAAACACCAGGAGGCACAUAGGAAAGGGUGUCCACCUGUAUUACGUGGGGGGAGAGGUGUACGCAGAGUGCGUGAGCGACAGCAGCAUCUUUGUACAGAGCCGCAACUGCAACUACCAGCACGGCUUCCACCCUGCCACCGUCUGCAAGAUCCCCAGCGGCUGCAGCCUGAAGAUUUUCAACAACCAGCUCUUUGCCCAGUUGCUGGCCCAGUCCGUGAACCACGGCUUUGAGGUGGUGUAUGAGCUGACCAAGAUGUGCACCAUCCGAAUGAGCUUCGUCAAAGGCUGGGGAGCGGAGUAUCAUCGGCAGGACGUCACGAGUACUCCGUGCUGGAUCGAGAUCCACCUGCAUGGACCAUUGCAAUGGCUAGAUAAGGUGCUGACACAAAUGGGUUCUCCUCAUAACCCAAUCUCCUCCGUUUCUUAAGAAUCCUCUACCAACCACCUAUGGGAUGCAGAACUUUCUCACCUUGCAGCCAACCUAAAUUUCUGUAUGUAGCUGUAAAUAUAUGAAGGUUUAUGUAUAUAGUAUAUCAUUGGUGGAUUUUUGUCAUGCUAUGUUCAGUGUUUUUCAGUUAAUAAGAUGUUGUAUGAUCCGUUGUGUUGCUGCCUGCUGACAAAGGUAUUGAUGUUUGGGUUUAGCAGGCCAGUUUGUGGUUAAUGGAAUAAGACCAGUGUUAUUUGUAUUCUUAAAAAAUAAAUAAAUAAUUUAAUAAAAUUAUGCACUAAGCAAAGUUAAAUUCUACAGGCCCAUAUGCAUUUUGCAAAUCAAGCAAAGUUGGCUUGUAAAAACCUUGCUAGAAUAGAUGAAGCUCCAUCUAGUCGACUUUCUGCAAAAGCCUCUGGAAGCCCAGGAGUGGACAGCUUUGAAUACCUUCUGUUUGGCCCCUGGCAGGCAGUACUCAACACGAAAUCUGAUCACAGAGGUUCCGUUUAUUUAUCACAAAUAAAUAGCAUUUGCAGGCCUGCCCUCCAUUAAAUUGUCAUUAUUUGGGGUCAUUUAUUGCACCUUUGUCAGUCAUGGGAAGGGAGCAAAACUAUGCUUGGCAAGGAAACCCCACCCGCAGAUCUCUUAGAAGUUGUGCCGAUUCUUCACACAAACGCAGCACUGUUCCCGAGUUUUCAACCAUGCUGUGCCCAUGUCAUUUCAAGACUCAAGUUUUAAAAUUUGCUUUUCAAAAGGAGAAUGGUCAGUGCUGGAACUAUGUGUUAUACUAAACAGAUGGCUGGUGCUCACACAUUUAAUUCUCACCUCCCACGCCGGGGUUUGUUUCUUUUUUUCAUGUGAUGUAUUAUGUCUAUUUAGUUAAGAAGACAGUAGUGUGACCAGUAAUGUCCCUAGAACAAUUGCCCUAAUACGCUCGGCCCGGGGCAUUUUCCCAUGCUGCCCCACAUCAUCCAAGACACACGCAGCUGCUGUUGAACACAGCCAGUGUUUUUAGUUCUUCCCCCUGCAGUGUUGUCUAGGACAAAGUUCCUGUGUCGUGGCAUCAAGAAGUUGUGCAACUCCUCUUCCACACCCUCUUUAUGUGUGUGGUGAGGGACCUGCACCAUCUUGAUACCAGGACAUGAGUACUCAGUACUGGGUGUUAAUGGGUUUAUGCAUUUUCUUUAAUGCCCUAAAUCAGUGGUUCUCAACCUGUGGGUCCCCAGAUGUUGCUGGACUACAACUCCCAUCAUCCCUGAGCUCUGGCCUUGCUAGCUAGGGGUGAUGGGAGUUGUAGUUCAACAACAUCUGGGGACCCACAGCUUGAGAAAGGAUGCCCUAAAUGUUUCUGGUAACUGCUUCUUGCUUACUGUUAAUAUGUAGCUCCUUCCUUGAAUUCUCUAGUUCACUUUUUUCACGUAAAAUGUCCAAUUCUGCAUUUUUGUGUAUGUGAAAGGGAGAAUUAACGUAACAGUGAAAUGCAAAAGAACAGAUUUAAAAGGCUGUAAUUGAGGGGUGGGCAGAAAGUAGAUUAGGAUCUGCUAAUAGAUCUUGGGGCGAUAGGCAGUAGAUCAACAAGGGACAUGGAGAAAGCUAACAAGGAGUAGACUUUUAUGGGAAAGGACUGCGAGCUCAGUUCAUUUCUGGUACCUAAAACAAAUUCCUGGGCUCAAAAUGUCUUCAGACAGGAACUCUUGUGUUUUUUGCACCUGGCUCUGACUAGUAGAUCAUGGGGUUUUAGAAAAAAAGUAGCUCCGGCAACCCUGAAGUGUGGUUAUCCCCUACUCUAUAUUCAGUUGUCACAGUCUAUUAUUAUUUUUUUGCAUUUCAUUGCCAGUUAGCUCCAUCUUUCUGAAUUGGACAGAUUAUUGCUGUUCCUACAAGUGUGCAUCUCUUCUGCUUAUUGGGAUUUUGAGUGAAAAGAAUUUAGGAUUUUAGGAGAAAAGAAACAGGAUAUCAAAGUGUACACGAGUAGAAAAAUAGAUAUGGACAACCUUUAAUGGUGUCAUAUGAAUGCACCUCAUUGAAGUAGCAUCUUAAGACAGGAUUAGUUAUACCUAGGAUUGCUAGUCUCUACCUCAAAAAAAGUGUGCCUAUAUAAAGGUGUUUCAAAAAUAGCAGGAUGCACAUUGCUUUAAAAGAUAGAAACUUCAUAGUUUUCUGUGUUUGAUGCAAACAUGGAAGAUUCUUUCUCUCACCAAACAGUAUCUAGGUUACUUGUUUCACAGUCUAAUUAGUGCAGGUUUGUUUUUUUUGGUUUUUUUGGUAUCUUCUUACACUUGCUGCGCUAAGAAUCAAAUGAGUGUUCUUUUUGCACCUUCCAGAAGCUGUGUAGCACAUGACAGCAGUGGUAAUUAGGAGCACAGACUCUGAAAUAUCACUGAACUGCCAGCAUCCUUAAUUUCCAAUGUUUCUAAUAAUGGACAGUUAAUGACUAUUAAAUCAUCCUUAGCUUUUAAGUUAGAGGCUCUGUUCAGCCACAAAGAGCAGAAGUAACUGAACCCAGCACAUAGAAAUAAACUAAUUACUGCCAGAAAGGGGACGGGGGGGACGGGGACCAGACCAUUUCCUUCAAUAUUCUGUUCCGGCUCUUCAUAUAGAAAUGGCCCCUUUAAAUAGUACUUUUUGUACCAAGUUAUCAACCAGUAUAAAAUUUAUAGCCUUUCAAUGUUCUCUUAAAUGUGCCAUCUGUUGAGAUGUGCUGCCUGAAAUAUUUAAAAGCCGUUUACUAGAAAAGCUAUUUAUCGAUGGCCAGUUUAAGGAAAAGACAUGUUUUGAGGCAGUUAUGUGUGUCAACAAUUCCAAGCACAUUGAAGCCUCUUGUGGAAAAUCUUUUAUCAUUGUGGAGCUAUGAGUGUUCUGUCAUUAUUAUUUUUUAAUGCAUCCUAGUGUUCAGACCUGCCAUUUUCCUAUUAAAAAAUUACCUGCAAAAUCAUUCUCACAGGAAGGUAGUGGAUGAGAUGCUGCUAGUAUUUUACUGGUGUUCAUUGAAUAUUCCUAGUGAAUAUAAGGCGGCUUAAUAGGCCUUUUAUUCUCAGGUUUUGUUUUAAGUUGCCUGCAUGGCUCAGUGAACUAGCUUUGCUGGAGUAAAAAAUUAAACUUGUCAUGCAUAAAUGAUGCAGGUAAAAUGUUAAUGAUAUCGCAGGAUAAUGUUGGCUGGAUCAUGUGGUGGUGAAGCAUAAACAUUGUUUUAUGAGUAAUAAAGCAGAGGGCUUUUUUCUUUUCUUUUUUGCAUUUGAAAAGUUCUUACCUGCAGCCACCAGUAACCACAGCUAGCCACACACAGCUGGGAUUCACAGCGAGAGGAUCAUUGGGUCAGAAUAUGUGCCCUUCAUCCAGGUUUGAAACCUGUAGAAGUGAAGUGCUGAGCCACAGCCCUUGGGGAACACUCCCACAUAAUGAACUGCUGUGAUCAGACGCAUCUCAUCCCACUGCCUAAAAUGAAGGAUUCCUAGACAGAGAUUACCAGACCAUAGUUUUUAACCAAGAGGUAAUUGUAUCUGAAACGUUGUAUGGAACAAUGAACAUAUGCCAGUUUUCAUGGGCAGACCUUUAAUGUACCAUGAGUAAAGACAGGUUCUUCAACUAACUGCAAGGAGUUCUGUUGCAUCGAGCCAAAAGUCUAAUAUCUAGUCCAGUAUCUUGUUUCCAACCGUGAUCCGGCAGGAUGUCCUCAAAGGACAUGAAGGCAGUCUUCCUGUCAUUUGUUGGUGUUCCGAGACAAACUGCCUUUAACCAUACUGCUUCCAUUCAACAGUACAGUUGGCAGUUUGGGACUCUGGGGAAUGGUCUCCUUGAGUGGGCUUUUUUUUAAAAAAGCUAGCCAUGCAUGUUACUUAAAGUGGUCUUACCAGAGGGUCUCUUCAAAAUGUGGUCAACUAGCCUUGUGUUGCACUUUCUGCUAAUUUUGAUGAGUGGAGCUCUGGCCUUUUGGCUCAGAGUCCUACACUGAGUGCCCCGUGGCUAAUAGUUGUUGAUCACCCUAUCCAAAGCAUUUUAAAAAACCAUUUCUACAGCCCAUCCCCUCGUGGUGUGGCAGCAAAUGCUGUAAGUUAACUAUCUGUGGAAACAGUACUUCAUUUUGCCUAAGCCAGUCGUCCAAGUCAAUUGUGGGAACAAGCUCAUAGUGAAAACCUUAAGAGAUGCUUCUUAAGUCUUCCUCCCAAAGUCACAAAUGUAGACAUUAAAAGAUGCACAUUGGACUGCAAUCAUCACACUAUAUAGAUUAUUUCCUCUGGUUUAUGCGAAUUUUACAGUCGGAUCCCAUAUUUGGAUACUCCGAACUAAAUCCCACUAAAUUCAGUGGUGCUUACUCAGAUAUAUACAAAUAAAACUGCAGUCUUAAGCAUGGAACUUACUAAGCAUAGUAAGCUCAGUCUAAUAAAGCUUCCUGACUUAGUCAAGGUUGUAAUUAAUAUCAGAAAAGCUUAUUAAGGCUGCAGUUUUAUACACAGCUGGAAGGCAAUCCCAAUUAACUACAUGACCCUUCCAAGUGGACAUGUAGAAAAUGUUACUACAUAAAUGUUCCUAACUUACCGAAUAGAGGUUUUAUUUUUUUCUUGUGCAACGCUAAUUUUCAAGAAUAUGUAAUUUUAUGCAAUUUGACAAUUUUCAUCGACUUCAUUUGAAACAUUGUGAAAUAUGCAUAACAGUAGUGUUUGGGUAGAUGGGCAUUAAAAUCCUAUAUUGAAUUAUUCAGUACUAAACCCAUACAUCUAAGAUGGCAAGCAAAAUUGCUUUGAGAAUGUAGGAAAUUGAGAAACGUUGCUCAUAAUGUGUAUUUGUAUAAUUCUUGUUUUGUAAUUUAUUAAAUGCUGUGUGUGCCUGA